GGAUCGGAUAGCUGCUGCCUAUCCCGCCUCUGCCCGCCCUUAGGGGGAUCAUUUCAGUUUCUAUGACGCGCGGCUCUGUAGGUAGGCACUUUUAGUGUGACUUGUACUCCCGACCGUCCUCCCUAACUCUCCAUCGCGCCACUCACAUCAGAUGUUGUCUGCCUGCCGACCAUAAUCAUCAAAUCAGAGCUGGAGACGCGUGGCUUAUCCUGUCAUACAAAGUCGUUUCUUCGAGGGCGUGUCACUAUGUGGUAUGCCUGGGGGCUGCUUUAUUGGUUUCUAGGUCAUUCUAGCUGUAAACAUGUGUGCCAUAUACGUAUGUGAUUUGCCUUCGGGUUACUGUAAAUGUCCGCUACCUCAUUAUGCGUAGAUAGAGGUGUCACCAUUGAGUAGGUAUAUAUAAGGUAUCCUCAGACACGCAUUUCUAGACUUGUUUUGUUGGAUUCACUCGACAUCCUUCGCAAUCUUCGCAAAUGAGCAGCAACAACAAUAACAACAACAAUAACGGCAAUAGCCGUCCGGCGCCCCCUUUCGACUGGGAUUGGGCUCAGUUCGCUGAGGAUUGCCAGCAGCCCGGACCCAGAACAGGCCAGGCUAAUGUCGAAUUUCCUAACGGCUUCCCAUUUGGUGGGUUUGAGCAGUGGCGCGGGCCAUGGUCUCAACCUUGGUUUCACGGAUACCGUGGCCGCAAUAGCUUUCGCGGUCCCGGGAACCCUACACAUGGCGGCGCCGGCGAUGAGGAACCUCAUGUAGACGAGGCAGCUGACACCGAUGCUACGGCCAGAAACUCUGCCGAACAAGGUAGCACACACCCUUCGCCCCCUCCGCCUCCGCCAGGUUUCAGUCAUCCACCCCCACCCCCUCAUAGCUUCCAUCAUCAUGGACCUCCGCCACCAUUUGGCCCCUCGCGCGGCCGGGGUGGGCGAUGUCCUCGCGGUCGACGCCAUCACCAUUCGCCACCGUCGCCUCCCAACUACAACGGCCCUUUUGAUUUCGGACCUCUCAUGCAAGCCUUGUCGGCGCACCCCCUAGCACACGCUUGGCGCAACUACGCCCACCAAUUUCGAGACGGUGCUGCGAGCCACACCCCUCAGCAAGAAGGCGAAACCCAAGGGCAGCAAGAUGGCGCCUUCUCACCUCCCGUCGACAUAUUCAGCAACGAAAAGGCGUACGUGCUGCAUGUCGCGCUCGCGGGUGUCGCCAAAGAGGACGUGAGCGUGAACUGGAAUGGGCAAACGAUCAUUAUUUCAGGUGUCGCGUACCGUCCUGGCAGCGAGGAGUUCCUCAGCACCCUGGUCUCGGGCGAGAGGAAUGUCGGUAUGUUUGAGCGGAAGAUCAAGCUGCCACCGCCGGGAAGUAGCGACAGCGAGGACGUAGAUGGCUAUGGCAUCACUGCCAAGAUGGAGAACGGCAUCUUGAUCGUCACUGUGCCGAAGGCAGAGAAGGAUUGGACGGAGGUUCACAAGGUCGAGAUUGAGUGAUGGGAAUGUUGCGUAGAUGGUUUGCUAUGAUACCUACUCACGGCAGGGGCAGUGACUUAAGGCAGGGUCAGGUCACGUGCAAUCACUGAAAACAUAAAAUCUAUAAAAAUAAAGAAAAAUGAGAAAAUAUCUA